CUGUUAUUUCUGAGCCCUCCCCUUUCCCUUUGGCAAAUUCUUUAGUUGCAGUUUCAUUUUCUCUGAAAGCUCCUGCAGCUGCCAAAUGUGGAUUAAAACAUCACAAUUUCUAGGUGUUUGCACUUCAAAAGCACCCUGAAUUGGAAGAGAAAGAGCAGUGAAGGAACAGUACAAUGUAAGUACUUUCCUUUUCCACCGCCCCCCCUCCCGGGUCACUGGUGAAACCAGUUACAGGUCUCUGUGUGUGGAAUGUCUGUGUACUGUUCAGUUCCUUGCCAAUAAUUUGCAACGCUGAAGUGCAGAGUUCGGAGAAAGUGGUGGACGGGCUCUGGGAUCAGACACACAAGAUCAAUGGCCCAGUCCACUCUCUCCAAGUUCUUCACUCCUCAGGACAGUAGGAACCUACAACAUCAGUACAAUAUGGGGGAUUUAGAAACUGUGAUUCUUCAGAUGAAGAGGAAGUCUGACAAUUUAAACCACAUGCAGCUGAACAUUGCAGUGAUGGGGGAUGUGGGCUCAGGGAAGUCCACCUUCAUUAAUGCAAUGAGAGGACUUCAGAGUGAUGACCAAGGAGCUGCUCCAACUGGGAAUGAAGAAACCAGGAUUGAGCCAACCGAGUAUCCUUAUCAAGAUCUGCCUCAUGUCCAACUCUGGGAUCUUCCAGGAACAAAUUCCUUUGGUUUUGAACUAAAUCAUUACUUAACGAAGGUGAAUUUUGAAAACUAUGACUUUUUCAUUAUUAUUUCUCAAUCUCGAUUCAGAGAGAAUGAUGCAGAUCUUGCCAAAAAGAUUCAAGAACAAGGCAAAGAGUUUUACUACGUCCGGGCCAAAAUAGACAAUGAUGUCCGGUCACUGAAGAGACAAGGUGCUGACCUUAAUGAAGGCUGGGACAGGAUCCGCAGAGACUGUGUCAGUAACUUCCAAAGUGUAGAGGUUACACCACCAGCUAUUUUUCUGAUCUCUAGUUUUGAUCGAGAGGAAUAUGACUUUCCUGAAUUAAAGAACACACUCGCCAGGGAUCUCCCACGCAUUAAAUCAAACAUCUUCUCACUGUCAAUCCCAAAGAUUAUGACAGAAAUUACAGAAUACAAACAAAGGAUGUUACAGAAGAGAGUCUGGAUAUUGACCAUUUUCAAUGGAUCAGUAGGUGCAUUACCAUUACCAUUAAAAGUGCCAGUUCAAAUGCCAGGUUCAUUGCCAGUUCAAACAUUAAUGCCAGUGUUGUCAUUUAUCACUAUUGUUGGGCUGACAGUUGUUGGGUGGAUAUACCUUCGGAAACAGCUGGGAGUCAGUGAUAAGUUUCUUCAACGUUUGGCCAGCAAAAUCUCCAAGCCAAGUUCCAUUCUGAAAGCUGAAAUGAAUUACCAAUUGCCAAGUAAAAUGCCACCAGCUGCUACCAACACCCUCUUAGGAAUCACCCUCAUCACGUACAUGAUAACUAGGACCAGACGUAGCUUCAGUCCAAUGACCCUGUCUAUCUUCGGAGCAGUGUCAUCCUUUGUUUUUACCUACAAGUUGUUGAAGAAUUCUCUGAGUCAGCAUUUGGAAACAGUACAACAGUUAGUGAAGAGUGCAUUGACUACAGAGUGACAUGACCCUGUGGACAUUACACCAAUCAACUUAGUGAUGUUUAAUAUAGAAUGUGACAGAUUAAUCUGAUCAGGUCCCAGGUCAAAAUCAUUCUCUGUUCCGAGCAUAAGACAUAUUCCUGGCCUUCAUUGGUGUUAUUACACUUUAUUUUAAUAAGAAUAAAUGAAGAUAAACUGUA